GUCUCCUUCAGGGUCUCAGUCCCACCUCAAGGUGCUGAUCAUCAGAUCAUCUCCAACCAACACAUCAGCCCAUCGUCCCACUCCUGUGACAGAGAGACGACAUUAUGAUCCUGUUCCUCUUCUUGUUUGGUCUGACUCUGGCUGCUGCGUCUCCUUCAGAUGAACGUGAAGUGAAGCUGCAGCGUGGAAACUGUCCCAUGUUCUGGUUCAGCUUCAACGGCCGCUGCUACAAGUACGUCUCCACACGUUUGACCUGGGCUGAUGCAGAGCUCCAAUGUCGGUCAGAGAGAGCCAACCUGGUGUCCAUCCACAGUCUGCAGGAACAGAACUUUGUCAAGGACCUGAUCAAGAACUUUGACAAUGCAGAGGGACGCACCUGGAUCGGACUCAGUGACAUCCACAAAGAAAACAGAUGGAUGUGGUCUGAUGGUUGUGUGGUGAAGUUUACCUUUUGGAGUUCAGGAGAGCCAAACAAUCACCACGGGGGUGAACACUGUGCUCACAGCAACUAUGCACCAGACCGGAAAUGGAAUGAUGUUCCAUGUUCUCAAACUUAUCCCUCUGUUUGUGCAUCUCGCAUAGAUUGUCCUUAGCAACUGAUGUUGUUUCCACCUGUUGCUCUGUAGAAAUGAAUUUAGCCUCAAAAAUAAAGAAACAAAUGCACAAGUUAA